UUCAGUACGCAGCUUCUUUACAUAAGAGCAGGCCUUGAUCAAUUGCACUUCACAGCCACUCUCACAACGCAAACAAUCUCCCUAACUUACAGUGCAGCAGCCUCGUCUCAGUUCAGUUCGCCUGACAUGCCCAGCAGCAACGCGAGCCCGGGCGCCCGCGGGCCAUGGAGCGACGGCGAGACGUCGGCCCUCGUGGACGCCUGGGGCCCGCUGCACCUCCGUCGCGACCCAGACCCCCUUGCCGUGGAGGACUGGCGCGUCGUGUGCAGUGCCGUCAACGCCCAGCGCGCCGCCGAAGGCGGCCGCUUCAACCGCACACUCGUCCAGUGCCAGAAGCGCGUCUACACACUCAAGGACCAGUACAUGAAGGAGCUCGCCAAGGGGCGGCCGACAUCGGGGUGGCGCCACUUCGCCCGGCUCCGGGCCUUCCUGGCCGCCUCGCCUCCUGGCUUCGUUGGCAAGACGCCGGCGGCAUCCGUCAAGAAGGAGAAGGCCGCCAAGGCGCCGGCGGCAUCGUCCGUCAAGAAGGAGGAGGCCGCCAAGACGCCGACGGCAUCGUCCGUCAAGAAAGAGGAGGAGGAGGUGGAGGAGGAGACGAGUCCCGGCUUCCCAGCAACGAUGCCGGCGACCGUCGUCAAGAAUGAGGAGGUGGUUGGGUGUGGUUGCGAGUUGGUUGGGAGAGCGAGGUGCUGUCCGGGGGCGGUGGUGAUGAAGCUUGCGGAGGUGUAUGAGCGCGUGGUGAUGGAGAGGCUCAACGUCGAGGAGAAGAGGAUGGAGAAGAUGUCAUGUUGCAGCAUGGGGCACAAGAAGAUGAAGGUCGAGAAUCCGGAGGGAGCUGACAGCAACUAACUUCUCUCACGACGCACGCACGCAGGGGUUUGAUCUGCGGACGACGGAGGUUGAUGCAUGCAUUGUAGGCUGAAACGGAGCAGUGUUUUCCUUUUCUUUUUCUUUUCUUUUUCGCGAAAUCCGGAGCUAUAGUUUAUCUUGUUCUAUCUCUCUCAAAAAAAAUGUAUCUCGUUCUACACUUAAUUUAAUUAUUAUUACUAGCACUG